UAAGUGAACGCCCUCUCCAACUCGCUUCCCCUCCGCAUUAGCUCAGCAAACCGCUGUUCCCCACGCCGGGCAAUACUGUUACUGCUGGGUGCUGCACAUUUGGCCUCAGCUUCCGUGACAGAGCUUGUCGCCCGCGGGAAGCAUAUGGCCAAGUCAAACGCGCAGCUGCUGUGAACGGCAUCGGCUUCCUAAUUGAUCCACAGUAACGGGAAGCCUGGUGUAGACCUCCCACCGACACAGGACCCGAUUUGGCAGAAAAAAGGCUUUUGCGUGCGCUUGUUGUUUUUUUUUUUGCGUCUCGCUUAACUAAUCGCACAUCACGAAACGCGCAGGGAGACUACCUUUUUUUUUGCACCAAAAGAAAAAAAACAACCCAAAAAACUUUCAUAGUACCGCUAGACUUUUCCUGUAAUAUUACACGUUCAAAUAUCGGCUUUAUAUGACAUAUUCUGGUUUGGGUUUCAAUUGCUAUAGGGAUUUUCAAGACGCUCUCAUCUCCGGGUGGUACCAGCUAUUUCCCUUCCUAGUGCAGAGCGUUUCCAUUAGGAACUGGGCAGGCGCCAGUGCAGAUUCCCGUCGGUCCUUAGGAUUUGGAGCUGGAAUACACUCUCCCGGCCAAGGUUUACUAAGAUGUCAGGGGAAGAGGUGCUAAUACCAGACGACAUCGCUUUCAGCAACUUCAAAAGUGAAUGCAAUUCCGAUGAAGGAUGGAGCCUGACUUACAACAAGUCUGGAAUUACAGUCUGGAUACAGAUUUUGGAAGAAGAGAAGUCUUUGCACAAGAUCAAGUGUCGGAUGGUAUGCAAGCACGUCGCCGCAGAAACUAUGUACGAUGUGCUCCAUGACAUCGAAUACCGGCGAAAAUGGGACUCGAAUGUAAUUGAGACAUUUGACAUCGGCAAACUGACAGUCAACGCGGACAUUGGCUACUACUCCUGGAAGUGCCCAAAACCUUUGAGGAACCGUGAUGUCAUCACAUUGCGCUCCUGGUUGCCAAUAGGCAAUGAUUACAUCAUUAUGAACUAUUCUGUCAAACACCCUAAAUACCCUCCAAAGAAGGACAUGGUUCGGGCUGUCUCCAUCCAGACAGGCUACCUUAUCCAGAGCAAUGGUCCUUCUAGCUGUACCUUAACCUACCUAGCCCAGGUGGACCCCAGAGGUUCUCUGCCCAGGUGGGUUGUGAAUAAGUCUUCCCAGUUCCUGGCUCCUAAAGCGAUGAAGAGGAUUGGGAAGGCUUGUUUGAAGUAUGCGGAGUGGAAGCUGAGGCAUAGCCCGGGGUAUAAGCCGUGGCUCUACCCAGAGCAGAGCCCGCUGGUUACCAUCCCACUGUCCGAGCUCUCUGUGCAGCAUGCCGACUCGCUGGAGAACAUCGACGAGAGCUCGCUGAGCGAAGGCAAAGAUGACCGCGCCGAGCACAGCGACGAAGAUGCGCCCAACUGAGACACACAUGCACGCGCACACACACACACACACACACACACACACACACACACACACACACACACACACUGCUUACGGGUCCCAGCUAGGAUAUAUGCAGAGCAGUAAGAGGGUCAGCAAAUGUCCUGUGUGCGCGCAUUCACACACGCACACAAAAUCUAUUGAUCAGUGUGAUGCAAAACAAUAUUGCCCAUGCACAGCCAUUCCAAAAUCGCACCUUUUGAUUCUCUCCCCAAAACUUUUGCAACUUUUUCUUUAUCAUCAAAAAAGUCCCUUUUGACAAUCGAGUAAGAACUGCAGUAGGUGAUAGUUCUAGGGUUUGGUUUUGGAAUGGUCUGUCCUGCACACAUCACAUUGUACUUCUGACCACCCCUACCAAAUUCUUGCCCCCCCCCCUUCUGUGAAAUGUAUUUAGUUGACUACAUUUCCCAAGAUUCUUUGUGUCCCCAGGUUUCACCUUAAAGUGUGUAGUGACUCCCCAGGCAUAGAGAGAAUAUUGUGACUACAUUGGUGUAGCAGAGUAUUUUCUUCUGUUAUAAAACACUAGAAUGAAAAAGAAUGUAGUGCAGCUAAAGAAAAGUAAAGAUCUUAUUCCUGCCUGGGAUGUUUGGCAA